GAAUAAAGGGCCUGUCUGGACCAGGUAGGUAAGCCACUAUACUCCAGGGAAUUCAGACCUUGAAUACUGCAUUUGAAGGCCACAAAGGUGGAGACUCUGCAUCAUGAUUUCUGUGUCUGAAGCAAAUGGCACCUUUGCCAUCCAGCUUUUGAAGACUCUCUGUGAAAACAACCCUUCCAAAAAUGUCUGUUAUUCUCCUGUGAGCAUCUCCUCUGCUCUAGCUAUGGUCCUCUUGGGGGCGAAGGGAGAGACUGCAGCCCAGAUAUCUCAGGCACUUGGUGUGAACCUACAGGAAGACAUUCAUCAAGGAUUCCAGUCCCUUCUUAGUAUCCUGAACAAGAAAGGCAAAAAGUACUCCCUUGGCAUGGCCAACAGGCUCUUUGCAGAGAAUACUUGUGAAUUCGUCCCAACCUUUAAAGAGUCCUGUCUUGAGUUCUAUCACUCGGAGAUGGAGCAGCUCUCCUUUGCCAAAGCUGCAGAGGAAUCCAGGAAACACAUAAACACGUGGGUCUCCAAAAAGACUAAAGGCAAAAUUCCAGAGCUGUUGUCAAGUGACUCAGUUGAUCCAGAGACCAAGCUGGUUCUUGUGAAUGCCUUAUAUUUCAAAGCAGAAUGGCAUCAACCAUUUGACAAAGAAGACACCCGUGAAAUGACCUUUAAAAUUAACAAGAAGGAGAGAAGGCCAGUGCAGAUGAUGUGUCAAGAAGACACGUUUGACCUCGCCUAUGUGAAGGAAGUACAGGCACGAGUGCUGGAGAUGCCCUAUGAGGACAAGGAGCUGAGCUUGUUGAUCCUGCUCCCGGAUGAUGGUGUGGACCUCAGCAAGGUAGAAAACAGUCUCACUUUUGAGAAGAUAACAGCCUGGACUAAACCGGACUUUAUGAAGAGCAGGGAAGUUAAAGUUUUCCUUCCAAAAUUUAAACUGCAAGAGGAUUAUGACAUGAGAACCCUGUUCCAGCAUUUGGGAAUGGUGGAUGUCUUCGACAGCAACAAGGCUGACCUAUCAGGAAUGUCUCCAGAUGAAGGACUCUGUGUGUCCAAGUUUGUUCACAAGAGUGUGGUAGUGGUCAAUGAGGCAGGCACAGAGGCUGCAGCAGCAGCAGCAGAAUCAGCUGUAUUUUUAUGUCUAACUGAAGGUCGGGUGCACAUUUUCCGUGCUGACCGCCCCUUCCUCUUCUUCAUCAGGCACAACAAAACCAACAGCCUCCUGUUCUGUGGCAGGUUCUCAUCUCCAUAAAGGCGCAAUUAUUAUGUGGGGGAAAUGUCUCUCUUUUCAGCAUCUUGACCCUCCUAAAUCACUGUGAAGAUGGGAAAACCUGGGAAAAACAUGUUCCGAGAUGAGGGCGCUUUCUUCUUUUCAGCCUGAUCUUAUGAUGCCCUCAUCCCGCUCUCUCUAUCCUGGCAUUCAUAUGUGCUCUUUGCCGGGUCACAGGACCACAGCGCGUUUUGACUUCCUGUUGUGUAAGCCGUGCCAGCCAUAUGCACUGCGCUUUCCUGGCAGCUCAGCUCUUGCCAUCACUUGCCUUACCCUCAUAGCAUCGUAGUAAAUGCUUCUGUGGGUGAUGAUGGCUACUGCAGUUUUCCUGGUGACUAGUCCUUUGCAUCCAUCUAAAAUUUACUCUCUUUGGGGUCCACUACUCAGCAGUUAUGUGUCCAACGUUGUCUUAGCCUUGGGGAAAUGUGCCGAUGGUGUGCGGCUCUAACAGCUGGCCUUUACUAUUCAUGGUCAGUUUGCCUGGUUGUCCUGACAAGUAGCCUGGACACAUGCCCUCCUUGGGGAAGUCAUGUUUCUCUAAACUAUUGUGUUUCUCUAGCACUGACUGUAAUUAUUAAAUUUGAGGAAGUCCUUACAAGCCGUUUAAAAAUAAAUUUUGUUUUC